UCCCGCGGCUCCGCCUCCUCCCCCGGGCUCCGCGGGCGCGUCCGAGGAUGGCAUUCCCUGUGGAUAUGCUGGAUAAUUACAGUCACGAGGAAUUGGAAAAUUCUGCUGAAGAUUAUAUGUCAGAUCUAAGGUGUGGGGACCCUGAAAAUCCUGAGUGUUUUUCUCUUCUCAAUGUAACGAUUCCUAUUAGCCUGUCAAAUGUAGGCUUUGUACCUCUUUAUGGUGGAGAUCAGACCCAGAAAAUUCUUGCUCUUUUUUCACCUGAGGACUCACUCACAGCUGUGGCACUUUACCUGGCUGAUCAGUGGUGGGCUAUUGAUGAUAUUGUGAAAACAUCUGUCCCUUCAAGAGAGGGGCUUAAGCAGGUGAGAACUCUUGGGGAGAGAGUGGUUCUGUAUGUUCUGAAUCGAAUUAUUUAUAGAAAACAGGAAAUGGAGAGAAAUGAGAUCCCAUUCCUGUGUCAUAGCAGUACUGAUUAUGCUAAGAUUCUGUGGAAGAAAGGAGAGGCCAUUGGGUUUUAUUCAGUUAAGCCUACAGGAAGCAUAUGUGCCUCAUUUCUUACGCAAAGCUACCAACUGCCCGUUCUUGAUACAAUGUUUAUAAGAAAAAAAUAUCGAGGCAAAGAUUUUGGGCUUCAUAUGCUGGAGGACUUUGUUGAUUCCUUUACAGAAGAUGUACUUGGCUUGCGGUACCCACUGUCCUCUAUAAUGUACGCAGCUUGCAAGCAAUACUGUGAAAAGUAUCCAGGAGACCAUGAACUCCUUUGGGAAGUUGAAGGUGUUGGACACUGGUACCAGAGAAUCCCUGUCACCAGAGCAUUACAGAGAGAAACACUUAAAAUUACAGCAAUUCCUCCAAAUGAAGCUAAAAGAACUACAUCUGGAGAGUAUGGUCUUGCAUCUGUUCCCGAAUAUGAAGCAGGAACUGAAGACAGUCCAUCUAGUGAGAUGCAGCUAACUAUUGAUUCUCUAAAAGAUGCCUUUGCAAGCACUUCUGAAGGUCAUGAUAAAACACCAGUUUCCACUCGUACUCGAAGUAGUCAUCUGAAGCGGCCAAAGAUUGGAAAGCGGUUUCAGGAUUCUGAAUUUAGUAGUUCUCAAGGGGAAGAUGAAAAGACACCUCAGACUUCACCCACAGCGUCAGUAAUUAAAUUGGAGUCUACUGCACACACAUCAGAGAGCUCAGAAGAAUUACUAGAAGAACAUGCACAGAGUGUGAUUGAAUUUGACGACGGAAGUAGUGAUAAAGAUGCUCAUUCAGCACCUGAAACCCAGUCACAUCUGGAGAAGCAAGAUGGUGAAAAGGAAUCUGAAUUAGAGCCUAUGAAUGGUGAAGUAAUGGAUGAUACUAUUAAGACCUCUCCUGUAACUGAAGAGGAUGACUCUACUAGCGAAGUUUUAGAUGAAGAAUUUAAAUUGCAGUCUUUUAAUUCCAGUGAAGACUCUACAAAUCUUGUUCCACUGGUGGUAGAAUCUUCAAAACCCCCUGAGGCUAUUGCACAGGAUAAGACCUCACAUGUAACUGACUCAGAAGUGUUGUUAAACGAAGGCCCAUCUGAUGGAAAGGGGCACACAGAAGAGAAACUGCCACAAGUUCCAAGAAAGAAGGCACAUUUUGGGAGUUCAGACAAUGUUGCCACUACCCCACAUGAAGAACGAUCUGACAGUGGUUUUCCAAACUCUGUGGUAGCUGAAUUUUCUGAAGAACCGAUCUCUGAAAAUUUGUCACCCAAUACUACUUCCUCAUUGGAAGACCAGGUUGAAGAGGGGGUGUCCGAGCCCCAGGAAACAUCUCCAGCUCUUCCUCAGAGUUCUUUGAUCGAGGUUGAACUUGAAGAUGUGCCAUUUUCACAGAAUGCAGGACAGAAGAACCAGUCAGAGGAGCAGUCGGAAGCAUCUUCUGAGCAACUGGAUCAGUUUACACAGUCAAUAGAAAAAACUGUGGAUAGCAGCUCAGAGGAAAUAGAAGUGGAAGUGCCUGUUGUAGACAGGCGGAAUUUAAGAAGAAAGGCCAAAGGAUACAAAGGACCCGCUAAGAAGAAAGCCAAGCUGACCUGAAUUGAAGAAAUGCGGAUCACAAAUCCUCUUCUUUGUAACAUGGUUGUUUUUAAGAUACGGUAAUAAAUAGCACGGGGCACAGGA